GAUCCUGUUCUGGGGAUGGAUGGGGAUCCCUCAGCAUUUGGGACCAGCGGAACCCUUGCCCAGUGUCCGUCCCAUUGUCCUGCCCAGGAGGUGCUGGAGACAGAGAGGGCAUCGAGCCGCUGCUGCCGGUCGAGGCUGGCUGCGGCCCCNCUCUGCAGCUGUGAGGAGAAGAGGAAGCUGAGGUGUGUGGUGUGGGACUACGACUCGCGGGGCAAGCACGACUUCAUCGGCGAGUUCUUCACCACCUUCGAGGAGAUGCAGAAGGCCAUGGGGGAGAACAAGGUGCAGUGGGACUGCAUGAACCCCAAGUACAAGAUCAAGAAGCGCAACUACAAGAAUUCGGGGGUCGUGGUGCUGCUGGACCUGAAGAUCCACAGGGUUUACUCCUUCCUGGAUUACAUCAUGGGCGGCUGCCAGAUCCAUUUCACGGUGGCCAUCGACUUCACAGCCUCCAACGGGGACCCCCGCAACAGCUGCUCCCUGCACUACAUCAACCCCUACCAGCCCAACGAGUACCUCAAGGCUCUGGUGGCCGUGGGGGAGAUCUGCCAGGACUAUGACAGCGAUAAGAAAUUCUCAGCUCUGGGCUUUGGUGCCAGGAUCCCCCCCAAGUACGAGGUCUCCCACGACUUCGCCAUCAACUUCAACCCUGACAACGAUGAGUGUGAGGGCAUCCAGGGCGUCGUGGAGUCCUACCAGAGCUGCCUGCCCAAAAUCCAGCUCUACGGCCCCACCAACGUGGCUCCCAUCAUCUCCAAGGUGGCUCGGGUGGCAGCUGACGAGGAGCGGACCAAGGAGGCCUCGCAAUACUUCAUCCUGCUCAUCCUCACCGACGGCGUGGUCACGGACAUGGCGGACACGCGGGAGGCCAUCGUGCGCGCCUCCUACCUGCCCAUGUCCAUCAUCAUCGUCGGCGUGGGCAACGCCGACUUCACCGACAUGCAGAUCCUGGACGGGGACGACGGCGUGCUGCGCUCCCCCAAGGGCGAGCCCGUGCUGCGCGACAUCGUGCAGUUCGUGCCCUUCCGCGAGUUCAAGAAC